UCCCGCCUCUCAGCCUCAGCCAGGCUCCGGGGCCGGGGGGCUCAACAUGGGGACUGAGUGUGUGGGCGUGCUGACCACCUCCCCACUGCGUGAGUGAGGCAGGACCAGGGAGGCCCAGGCGGCCGGCCCCUCUCCGAUUCUCAGAAGCUGUGGGGUGGGAUGGGGGGGGGGGCAGGGGUCCUGUGAAUCUGGGGCCCACAGCCACAAAUCCUUCCUCCUCCAGGCCUUUUUCCUGCCUCGGCCCCUCCCCAAGAGCAAACACACGUGGCCGGCUCGGGGGAAAGGACGGAGCCCUGCGUUGCCCAGGAGCUGGGCUUGGGGCCAAGACUUCUUGCUAUAUAAGCCCCGGGGCCCCCAGGGAGCGAGCACCGGGGCCCUCUGCCUCUCUGCCACCGGCCCGCCGCUGUGCCAGCCCCCAGGAUGGGUGCCCCGAGCGGGUGCCCGGCGCUGGCCUGGGCCCUUGUGGCCCUGCUCUCGGUGCAGAGGACAGAGACCCAGGGCAGCACGGAGCCUGCUGUGAACAGUCGGAGGGUGGACGUCGCUCGGAGCAUGACCAUCAUCCCGCCCAUCACCGUCUUCCCCACCAUGAGCUCCCUGAACGCCGCGCACAACGGGCGGGUGUGCAGCACCUGGGGCGACUUCCACUAUAAGACCUUCGACGGGGACGUCUUCCGCUUCCCGGGCCUGUGCAACUACGUCCUCUCCAUGCACUGCGGGGCCGCCUACGAGGACUUCAAUGUCCAGGUCCGCCGCGGCCUGGCCGGCUCCAGGCCUACCAUCACCCACAUCAUCCUCAAGACCCAGGGGCUGGUGCUGGAGGCCUCCAACGGGUCGAUCCUCAUCAACGGGCAGCGGGAGGAGCUGCCCUACAGCCGCGCUGGCGUCCUGGUAGAGGAGAGCAGUGUCUACAUCAAGGUUGACGUCCGGCUGGUGCUAACCUUCCUGUGGAACAGAGAGGAAGCCGCCCUGCUGGAGCUGGACCCCAAGUACGCCAACCAGACGUGUGGUCUGUGUGGGGACUUCAACGGACUCCGGGCGGUCAACGAGUUCUAUGCCCAUAACGCCAGGCUGACCCCUCUCCAGUUUGGAAAUCUCCAGAAGCUGGAUGGGCCCACAGAGCAAUGCCAGGACCCCCUACCUUCCCCCGCCAACAACUGCACGGAUAGGGAGGGCAUCUGCCACCGCACCCUGUGGGGCCCGGCCUUCUCGGAGUGCAACACGCUGGUGGACCCUGCCGUGUACGUGGCCGCCUGCACCCAGGAUCUGUGCCGCUGCCCGGACUGCCCGUGUGCCACCUUCGCCGAGUACUCCCGCCAGUGUGCCCAUGCAGGGGGACAGCCCCAGAACUGGAGGGGCCCUGACCUCUGCCCCUGGACCUGCCCCCUCAACACACAGCAGCGGGAAUGCGGCUCGCCCUGCGCGGACACCUGCUCCAACCCGGAGCGCUCCCAGCUCUGCGAGGACCACUGUGUGGAUGGCUGCUUCUGCCCCCCAGGCACGGUGCUGGAUGACGUCACCCACACGGGCUGCCUGCCCCUAGAACAGUGUCCAUGCACCCACGGCGGCCACGCCUACGCCCCGGGGGCCUCCUUCACCACCAGCUGCAGCUCCUGCACCUGCUCUGGGGGGCUGUGGCAAUGCCAGAACCUUCCGUGCCCUGGCACCUGCUCCGUCCAGGGCGGGUCCCACAUCUCCACCUACGAUGAGAGACUCUACGAUGUGCAUGGGGACUGCAGCUACGUCCUGUCCAAGAAAUGUGCAGGCAACGGCUUCACUGUGCUGGCCGAGCUGCGGAAAUGUGGCCUGACGGACAACGAGAACUGCCUCAAAAUGGUGACGCUCAGCAUGAACGGCGGGGACACGAUCAUCCAGAUCCAGGCCAGCGGCGGGGUAUUCAUGAACUCCGUGCAGAUGCGGCUGCCCGUGUCAGCAGCCAACAUCACCAUCUUCAGGCCUACGUCCUUCUUCAUCCUGGUGCACACGGGCCUCGGGCUGCAGCUGCAGGUUCAGCUGGUGCCCCUCAUGCAGGUGUUCCUCACGCUGGACCCCUCCUAUCACGGACAGAUGUGCGGCCUGUGCGGGAACUUCAACCAGAACCAGGCCGAUGACUUCCGGACCCUCAGCGGCGUGGUGGAGGGCACGGCCGCCGCCUUCGCCAACACCUGGAAGACCCAGGCCGCCUGCCCCAACGUCAAGAACAGCUUCGAGGACCCCUGCUCCCUCAGCGUGGAGAACGAGAACUACGCCCAGCACUGGUGCUCCCUGCUGACCGACCCUGCCGGAGCCUUCUCGCCCUGUCACUCUGUCCUCAACCCUGCACCCUUCCACUCGCACUGCAUGUUCGACACGUGCAACUGUCAGAAGAGCGAGGACUGUCUGUGUGCGGCCCUGUCCUCCUACGUGCACGCCUGUGCCGCCAAGGGGGUGCUGCUCAGAGGCUGGAGGGACGGCGUGUGCACCAAGUAUGUGAGCAGCUGCCCCAAGUCCCAGAACUACAGCUAUGUGGUGGCCGGCUGCCAGCCCACCUGCCGCGCUCUGAGCCAGGUCGACGUCACCUGCGGCGUCACCUUCGUGCCUGUGGACGGCUGCAUCUGCCCCUCGGGCACCUUCCUGGAUGACUCGGGUGCCUGCGUGUCCGCUGAGGCCUGUCCCUGCUACUUCCGUGGCUCUGCAGUGGCCCCGGGGGAGGUGGUGCAUGACGACAGCGUGGUGUGCUCGUGCGUGGGUGGGAAGCUGAGUUGCCUGGGAGCAGCGGAGCACAGGAGCUCAGGGUGCGCGGCCCCCAUGGUGUACCUGGACUGCCGCAACGUCUCCGCCGGCGCGCCCGGGGCCGAGUGUCUCAGGAGCUGCCACACGCUGGACGUGGACUGUUUCAGCACUCACUGCGUGUCCGGCUGCGUCUGCCCCCCGGGGCUGGUGUCGGACGGGAGCGGAGGCUGCGUGGCGGAGGAGGACUGUCCUUGUCUGCACAACGAGGCCGCCUACAAGCCCGGGGAGACCAUCAGGGUCGACUGUAACACCUGCACGUGCAGGAGCCGCAGGUGGGAAUGCAGCAGCAAGGCCUGCCUGGGCACCUGCGUGGCCUACGGGGACGGCCACUUCAUCACCUUCGAUGGCGAGCGCUACAGCUUUGAAGGAAGUUGCGAGUACACGCUGGCGCAGGACUACUGUGGGGGCAAUGGCACCGGCACCACAAACGGGACUUUCCGCGUCGUCACCGAAAACGUCCCCUGUGGGACCACGGGUGUCACCUGCUCUAAGGCCAUCAAGCUCUUCCUGGAGAACUAUGAGCUGAUCCUGCGUGAGGGCACCCACAGGGUGGUGCAGAGGGGGCCGGGCGGAGACCUGCCGUACAAGGUCCGGUACACGGGCGUCUACCUGACUGUCGAGACCCGCAGCGGCAUGGUGGUGUCCUGGGACCGAAAGACCAGCGUGCUCAUCCGACUACAGCAGGGCUACAAGGGCCGGGUCUGCGGGCUGUGCGGGAACUUUGACGACAACGCCGUCAAUGACUUCACCACGCGGAGCCAGUCCGUGGCGGGCAACGCCCUGGAGUUUGGCAACAGCUGGAAAUUCUCCCCGUCCUGCGCCGACGCCCCGGCCCCCAGGGACGCCUGCGCCGCCAACCCGCACCGCAAGUCCUGGGCCCAGAAGCAGUGCAGUGUCCUCAACAGCGCCACCUUCGCCGCCUGCCAUUCUCAGGUCGACUCCACCAAGUAUUACGAGGCCUGCGUGGGCGACACGUGUGCCUGUGACUCCGGGGGCGACUGUGAGUGUCUCUGCACGGCCGUGGCCGCCUACGCCCAGGCCUGCCGCGACGUGGGCGUGUGCGUGUCCUGGCGGACCCCGGACAUCUGCCCCUUGUUCUGCGACUACUACAACCGCGAGGGCCAGUGCGAGUGGCACUACCAGCCGUGUGGCGCGCCCUGCAUGAGGACCUGCCGGAACCCGGGCGGCCGCUGCCUGACCGACCUGCCGGGCCUGGAAGGCUGCUACCCAAAGUGCCCGCCCAGCAAGCCGUUCUUCAACGAGGACCAGAUGAAGUGCGUGGCCCAGUGCGGCUGCUACGACGAGGACGGGAACUACCACGACGUGGGCGCGAGGGUCCCCACGGCAGAGAACUGCCAGAGCUGUGAAUGCACGGCCGGCGGCCUCCAGUGCACGCACAGCCUCGAAGCCUGCACCUGCACCUACGAGGGCAGGACCUACCACUUCGAGGACGUCAUCUACAACACAACCGACGGGCUCGGUGCCUGUUUGAUCGCCAUCUGUGGAAACAAUGGGACCAUCAUUCGGAGGGCUGUGGAAUGUCCCGGAACCCCGUCCACGACACCCUUCACCUUCACCACCACCGUGACACCCCUCUCCACAACAGGCUCAGUCCCCACCUCCUCCACCGUGUGUGUGCGAGAAGUGUGCUAUUGGUCCGGCUGGCAUGACAGCAGCCAUCCAGAGCCUGGCCUGGCAGGUGGAGACUUUGAGACGUUUGUGAACCUGAGGCAGAGGGGCCAUGAGGUCUGCCCAGCCCCAGUGGCCAUUGAGUGCCGGGCACAGAAAUUCCCCCACAUCCCGCUGCAGCUCCUGGGCCAGAAAGUGGAGUGUGACGUGGCCCGGGGGCUGACUUGCCUCAACGGUGAGCAGAGCCACCAGCUAUGCUAUAACUAUGAGCUGCAAGUCCUCUGCUGUGACCACGUGCCCUGUGGCACCUCCCCUGGUGCCACCACCCAGCAGCCACCGGUCACCUCCCUGUCUGGCCCCACUGUCCAGUCCACGGCGGCCCCCACCGUCCAGUCCACGGGGGCCCCCACCCUCCAGUCCACGGGGGCCCCCACCCUCCAGUCCACGGGGGCCCCCAGCGUCCAGUCCACGGGGGCCCCCACCCUCCAGUCCACGGGGGCCCCCACCGUCCACUCCUCGGCCUCGGCCACCACCGCCUGUCAGCCCCGGUGUCGGUGGACAGAGUGGUUCGAUGAGGACUACCCCAAGUCCGAGGAGGCCGGGGGGGACGUUGAGUCGUAUGACAAGAUCAGGAGGGCGGGAGGGGCCGUGUGCGAGCAGCCGCAGGACAUCGAGUGCCAGGCCGAGAUCUUCCCCGGCAGGAGCCCCGCGGAGCUGGGCCAGCACGUGCACUGCGACCCCAGCUUCGGCCUGGUGUGCAGGAACGAGGAGCAGGCGGGCCUGUUCAAGAUGUGCUACAACUACAGGAUUCGUGUGCUCUGCUGCAGCCGCGACCACUGCACAGGGCCCACCGCCACCGCCGCCACCACCACCGGGCCGUGGACUCGGACGACCUCGCAGGGGACCCCGUGGCUCCCCUCGACGGGACCCACCCUGGCGUCAGGGACGACGCCAACCCACGUGGCUCCCACCGUCACAAGAGCAGCGGGCGCGACCGGCACCGGCACCAUCAGCCCACCGUCCACAGAGACGACCACGCCAACGACAAAGACGUGGCCGGGAACCCCGGGAACCGGGCCCACCACCGGCCAGGGCACGACGGGCUGUCAGCCCCAGUGCGAGUGGACAGACUGGUUUGACGUGGACUUCCCGACCUCAGGGGUGGAGGGCGGGGACAUGGAGACCUUCGACAACAUCAGGGCCGCCGGGGGCAAGCUGUGCCGGGAGCCCAAGGACAUACAGUGCCGGGCAGAGAGCUACCCCGAGGUCAGCAUCGACCAGAUCGGGCAGGUGAUCAGCUGCAGCCUGCAGACAGGGCUGGUCUGUAGGAACACGGACCAGAAGGGCCAGUUCAACAUGUGCUUCAACUAUAACGUCCGGGCGCUCUGCUGCCAGCCCUCCCCCCACUGCCCCACCUCCGCGGCCCCCAGCACCAGCGGCACUGCCCCUGGGGCUGUGACGUCACCGGGACCAGGGGCCUCCACCAGAGCAGUAACCCGGUCCCAGGCCUCUUCCCCCAGGAACACCCCGAUGGUCACUGUCCCCACCUCCCAGACAGGUCCCUCCUCCCCCUGGACCACCCAGACCCUUCCUCCUUGGUCUGGGACCACCCAGAUCCUUCCUUCUUCCCCCAGGACCACAGAGACCCCUCCUUCUUCUGGGACCACCUGGAGGGCCACUGUCCCCACCUCUCAGACAGGUCCUUCCUCCCCCAGGACCACCCAGGCCCCUCCUUCUUCUGGGACCACCUGGAGGGCCACUGUCCCCACCUCCCAGCCAGGUCCCUCCUCCCUCCAGACCACCCAGAGACUCUCUGUGGCCACCGGCCAGACGCUUCCUCCCUCUGCCAGGAUCACAGAGAGGGUCUCCAGCCCCAGCCCCUCCUCCUCUCCGGGCAUCCCCACGACGACCAGCAAGCCCACCUCAGCCCACACAACCACCACGGUCCCUGUGGUGACCUCCAGUGGGCGGACCACCCCCUGGUCCCGGCCCAGCAGGCCCACCUCCAGGACCACACCGCUCUCCACAGCCCCACGGCCCGGCUCCACCAGGCACACGCCGGCCCCCUCAUCCUCCCCACCGGCCCCCUCAUCCUCCCCGGGCUGCAGGCCACGGUGCGCGUGGACAGACUGGUUCGACGAGGACUACCCCAUACCGGGCCCCGACGGCGGGGACUUCGAGACCUUCGCGGUCUGGCGCUUGGCCGGGCACGUCUUCUGUGACCGGCCCCGGGACAUCGAGUGCCGAUCAGAGAAGGUGCCCGACGCGCCCCUGGAGGAGGUGGGGCAGGUGGUCCAGUGCAACGUGAGCUUUGGGCUGGUGUGCCGCAACCGCGAGCAGCCGGGGCCCCUGCCCUACUGCCACAACUUCCACGCGCGACUGCUCUGCUGUGAGGACUACAGCCACUGCGCCACCACCGCGGCCCCCUCCCUGUCCCCGGAGACCUCCCGUACCUCGGCGAUGCCCACCACCACGCCCACCACCGUCUCCCGCUCCCCGCCCAGCACCCGGGUCAGUGCGUCCCCGACGUGGCACACCGAGACCUCGUCCGGCCUCCCCGGCACCGUGCCCAGCACCGCCGGGGCCACCUCCAGCACCAGGACCUCCCCACCGCCCCCCACGACCGAGGCCACCAGCUCCCCGCUGAGCACCGCCCCGGGCUCCUCCACAGUCGCCUCCACGGCCACGUCACCAGCAGUCGGGUCCACGGCCUGCGAGCCUCGCUGUGCCUGGACAGAUUGGCUAGACGAGAGCUAUCCGGUGCCAGGGGCCUCUGGCGGGGACUUUGAGACGUAUGCCAACAUCCGGGCGGCCGGCAAAGCCAUCUGCAAGCGGCCCCUGGGCCUGGAGUGUCGGGCCGAGCUGCUGCCCGACGUGCCCCUGCAGGAGCUGGGCCAGGUGGUGCAGUGCAGGCUGGACGAGGGUCUGGUGUGCCACAAUCGUGACCAGGUCGGCCGGUUCAAGAUGUGCCUCAACUACCGCAUCCGCGUGCUCUGCUGUGACGACUACGGCCACUGUCCCAGCACCCUGGCCACCACGACGAUGACCCCCCGGGCCACCAGCCCGGGUCCGACCCCCACACUGGCGGCCAGUACCACCGUCUGGUCCCCAACGACCCCCAGUCCUACAGCGCCCGGCACGGGCCACACCGCGGCCACCUCCCCGUGCCAGCCCGCCUGCCGCUGGACGGGCUGGCUGGACAGUGACCAGCCCCUGCCCGGCCGCUUCGGGGGCGACAUUGAGACCUACUACCACAUCCAGGACACGGGCGGCCAGCUCUGCGCGGAUCCCGAGGCCAUCGAGUGCCAGGCCGUGCUCUUCCCGGACGUGCCCUUGGAGCGGCUGGGCCAGGUGCUGCGAUGUGACGUCAACUACGGACUCAUCUGCAGGAACAACCGGCAGAGAGGAGGCCAGACUUGCCUCAACUACCACAUCCGCGUGCUCUGCUGUGACGACUACAGCCACUGUGCCAGCUCUGCGGUCCCUCAGCCCACCAGCAGCAGCAGCAGCACAGGACAAAGGUCAUCGCAGGUUCCUGGGCCGCAGACGACGGCCACGCACCCCUCCUCCCCGGCCACCACCCGGAGGGUCACUGUCCCCACCACCCAGACCGUUCCUCCUUCCUCUGGGACCACCCAGACCCUUCCUUCUUCUCCUGGGACCACCCAGACCCUUUUUACUUCCCCUGGGACCACCCAGACCCUUUUUACCUCCCCUGGGACCACCCAGACCUCUGCUCCUUUCUCUGGGACCACCCAGACCCCUCCUCCUUCCUCUGGGACCACCCAAACCCCUCCUCCUUCCUCUGGGACCACCCAGACCCUUCCUUCUUCUUCUGGGACCACCCAGACCCUUUUUACUUCCCCUGGGACCACCCAGACCCUUCCUUCUUCCUCUGGGACCACCCAGACCCCUGCUCCUUUCUCUGGGACCACCCAGACACUUCCUUCUUCCCCUGGGACCACCCAGACCCUUUUUACCUCCCCUGGGACCACCCAGACCCUUCCUUCUUCCUCUGGGACCACCCAGACCCCUGCUCCUUUCUCUGGGACCACCCAGACACUUCCUUCUUCCCCUGGGACCACCCAGACCCUUUUUACCUCCCCUGGGACCACCCAGACCCUUCCUUCUUCCUCUGGGACCACCCAGACCCUUUUUACCUCCCCUGGGACCACCCAGACCCUUCCUUCUUCCUCUGGGACCAUCCAGACCCUUUUUACCUCCCCUGGGACCACCCAGACCCUUCCUUCUUCCUCUGGGACCACCCAGACCCUUCCUCCUUCCCCUGGGACCACCCAGACCCUUUUUACCUCCCCUGGGACCACCCAGACCGUUCCUCCUUCCUCUGUGACCACCCAGACCCUUCCUUCUUCCCCUGGGACCAUCCAGACCCUUUUUACCUCCCCUGGGACCACCCAGACCCUUCCUUCUUCCCCUGGGACCACCCAGACCCUUUUUACCUCCCCUGGGACCACCCAGACCCUUCCUUCUUCCCCUGGGACCACCCAGCCCCUUUUUACCUCCCCUGGGACCACCCAGACCCUUCCUUCUUCCCCUAGGACCACCCAAACCCUUUUUACCUCCCCUGGGACCACCCAGACCCUUCCUUCUUCCCCUGGGACCACCCAGACCCUUUUUACCUCCCCUGGGACCACCGAGACCCUUCCUUCUUCCUCUGGGACCACCCAGACCCUUCCUUCUUCCCCUGGAACCACCCAGACCCUUCCUUCUUCCUCUGGGACCACCCAGACCCCUGCUCCUUUCUCUGGGACCACCCAGACCCUUCCUUCUUCCCCUGGGACCACCCAGACCUUUUUUACCUCCCCUGGGACCAUCCAGACCGUUCCUCCUUCCUCUGUGACCACCCAGACCCUUCCUUCUUUCCCUGGGACCACCCAGACCCUUUUUACCUCCCCUGGGACCACCCAGAGCCUUUUUGUUUCCUCUGGGACCACCCAGAUCCUUCCUUCCUCCCAAAGGACCACCCAGAGGGUCUCUGUCCCCACCUCCCAGCCAGGUCCCUCCUCCCCUCGGACCACCCAGACCCUUUCUCCUUCUUCUGGGACGACCCAGAUCCUUCCUUCUUCCCCCAGGACCACCCAGGCCCCUCCUUCUUCUGGGACCACCUGGAGGGUCACUGUCCCCACCUCUCAGACAGGUCCUUCCUCCCCCUGGACCACUCAGACCCUUUCCCCUUCUGCUGGGACCACCUGGAGGGUCACUGUCCCCACCUCCCAGCCAGGUCCCUCCUCCCCCCAGACCACCCAGAGACUCUCUGUGGCCACCGGCCAGACGCUUCCUCCCUCUGCCAGGAUCACAGAGAGGGUCUCCAGCCCCAGCCCCUCCUCCUCUCCGGGCAUCCCCACAACGACCAGCAAGCCCACCUCAGCCCACUCACCCACCACGGUCCCUGUGGUGACCUCCAGUGGGCGGACCACCCCCUGGUCCCGGCCCAGCAGGCCCACCUCCAGGACCACACCGCUCUCCACAGCCCCACGGCCCGGCUCCACCAGGCACACGCCGGCCCCCUCAUCCUCCCCACCGGCCCCCUCAUCCUCCCCGGGCUGCAGGCCACGGUGCGCGUGGACAGACUGGUUCGACGAGGACUACCCCAUACCGGGCCCCGACGGCGGGGACUUCGAGACCUUCGCGGUCUGGCGCUUGGCCGGGCACGUCUUCUGUGACCGGCCCCGGGACAUCGAGUGCCGAUCAGAGAAGGUGCCCGACGCGCCCCUGGAGGAGGUGGGGCAGGUGGUCCAGUGCAACGUGAGCUUUGGGCUGGUGUGCCGCAACCGCGAGCAGCCGGGGCCCCUGCCCUACUGCCACAACUUCCACGCGCGACUGCUCUGCUGUGAGGACUACAGCCACUGCGCCACCACCCCCGCCACCACCCCGGCGCCCUCCCUGUCCCCGGAGACCUCCCGUACCUCGGCGAUGCCCACCACCACGCCCACCACCGUCUCCCGCUCCCCGCCCAGCACCCGGGUCAGUGCGUCCCCGACGUGGCACACCGAGACCUCGUCCGGCCUCCCCGGCACCGUGCCCAGCACCGCCGGGGCCACCUCCAGCACCAGGACCUCCCCACCGCCCCCCACGACCGAGGCCACCAGCUCCCCGCUGAGCACCGCCCCGGGCUCCUCCCCGGCUGCCUCCACGUCCCUGCCUGUCAUCGUGUGGACCUCGUCCACUUCCGUGGUCACCACCCCGAGGCCCCCAGCAUCCAGCAGCACACACUUCACCACCGGCUGCCUCUGCCGGGCAUACGGGCAGCUCUUCUCUCCCGGGGACGUGGUCUACAACAAGACGGACGGUGCGGGCUGCCACUUCUCUGCCAUCUGCAACCAGCGCUGUGACAUCGACCGCUUCCAGAGCACCUGCCCCACCUCCUCGCCCCCAGCCUCCUCGGCCCCGCUGUCCCCCUCCUCCGCAGCUCCUCCCUGCGACCUCCUUGUCCCUCCCCGACAGGUGAACGAGUCCUGGACCCUGCCGGACUGCACGGUGGCCCGGUGUGAAGGCAACAACCGCAUGGUGCUUCUGGAGCGGAAGUCAGCGGCCAGCGUGAGCUGCGUGAAUGGGCGUCGGCCAGUCAGAGUGUGGCAGGGGAGCGAGCCGUGUGACUUCCGUUUUGAGUGCGAGUGCUUGUGCAGCGGCUGGGGUAACUCUCACUACAACACCUUUGACGGCACCUCCUACUCCUUCGUGGACAACUGCACCCACGUGCUCAUGCGGGAGAUCCGCCCGCGCCACGGGAACCUCAGCAUCUACAUGCACAACUACUACUGUGGGGCCACCUCAGCCACUGCCCAGUGUCCCCGCGCCCUCAGCACCCGCUAUAAGUCCACGGAGGUCGUCCUCACCACCAGCACCGGCGCCAACAGGCAGGAGGAGCCCCUGAUAUUGUUUGACCGAAAGCAAGUGAGCCCGGGCUUUGCAAAGAACGGCGUGAGCGUGUCCGUGACAGGCACCACCACGAUGGGCAUCGACAUCCCUGCCCUUGAUGUCAGCAUCAGCUUCGACGGGCACGUCUUCCAGGUCCGGCUGCCCUACACCCACUUCAGCCACAACACGGAGGGCCAGUGCGGCACCUGCACCAACAGCCAGACAGACGACUGCCGCCAGCCAGACGGCACCACCGCCCCCACCUGCCAAGACAUGGCCCAUACCUGGCUGGUCCAAGAGGGCAGCAGGGAGGACUGCGGGGCACCCACCCCCCAGCCCCCGGUACCGCCCGCCGUGCCCACCUCCUCCCCAUGCCCCCCGGCACCUGUCUGCGAGCUGUUGCUGAGCCCGGUCUUCGCAGAGUGCCACGGCCUCAUCCCGCCGGGCCCGUUCUUCAGCUCCUGCGUCAGCGAUGGCUGCCAAGCCGACCGCCAGGCGCCCUGCAAGAGCCUGGAGGCCUACGCAGCACUCUGCCGUGCCCAGGGCGUGUGCAGCAGCUGGCGCAACGCCACCGGCGGGCUGUGCAACUUCACCUGUCCGUCCGGCAAGGUGUACCAGCCGUGUGGCCCCGCACAGCCCGCAUCCUGCGACUCCAGGCGCCAGAGCGAGGUGGGCAAGGGGCUGGCGGAAGGCUGCUUCUGCCCGGAUGGACACACCCUCUUCAACACGCACACAAACGUCUGCGUGCGCGAGUGCGGCUGUGUGGGACCAGACGGGUUUCCCAAAUCUCCCGGGGAGCGGUGGCUCAGCAACUGCCAGGACUGCGUGUGUCACGAGGGCUCCCUGUCGGUGCGGUGCACGCCCGUGCUGUGCGAAGCCCAGGACCGGCCCCUGCAGUGCAGCCGGGCGGGCCUGGUGACUGUGACCAGGCCUGUGGCUGACAAGCCGUGCUGCCUGGAGACGCUGUGCGUCUGCAACACGACCACCUGCCCCCAGAGCCCACCCAAAUGUGUGCCGGGAGAGGAGCUGGUGGCCACCCAGGAGGAGGGCGACUGCUGCCCCACCUUCAGCUGCCGACCUAAGCUGUGCACCUACAAUGGCACCGCCUAUGGGAUCGGUGCAACCUUCCCAGCGGUCACUCCCUGCCACACAUGCACCUGCCUGUCCGUGGACACCCAGCACCCAACGGUGCAGUGUAAGGAGGACAACUGCAGCACGACCUGCCCCCAGGGCUUCCAGUACCAGAAGGUGGAGGGACAGUGCUGUGGGGAGUGCGUGCAGACAGCGUGUCUCACGCCGGACGGCCGGCUGGUGCAGCCCAGCGAGACCUGGGUCAGCAGCCUCGUGGACAACUGCACGGAGUACCGCUGCGACGCCAAGAACGGGCUCCACGUGCUCACCCCGAGGCCGCGGCCCUGCCCGGACCCGUCCAGCUGCAAGGGCAUCCUCAGGAAAACUGGCUGCUGCUACUCCUGUGAGGAAGUGGACUCCUGCCAAGUCCGGGUCAACAGGACGGUCCUGAGACACCAGGGCUGCGCCACCCAGGCCCCGGUCAACGUCACCUUCUGCGAGGGCUCGUGCCCAGGAGUGUCCAAGUUCUCCAUGGAGGCCCAGGCCAUGCAGCGUCAGUGCACCUGCUGCCAGGAGACAAGGCUUCACGAGGAGGUGGUGACCAUGCAGUGUCCCGAUGGGACAGCGGUCCAGCACACCUACACCCACGUGGACGAGUGCCGCUGUGCUCCGUCCUGCGUUCCUGCUCCCGAGGCUCCCGAGGACAGCACCCCCAUCUUCUCGGUCUAGGGGUCCACCACUGGCUGUUGCCAUUCUGACCCCAUCCCACAAGCUCCCUCCCUCCCCUCCGGAGCCAGAACACUCACUACCCGACCGCGGAUAGCCGGGCCAGCCUGCUGCAGGAGUCCGAGCACACCCUCCACCCGUGCCCUCGCAACGCCUGCGCCCUGGAGGUGAUGGUGCCAUGACGGCCUGCCUGAGGGGGGCUCCAGGAGGGGGCCUUGCCCUCGGAGCCCCUUCAGCACGUCUUGGCCACCUGCCUGGCCAUCAGGGCCGACCCCUCAUUUGAGACACAAGCACCUGCUCCGUCCGGACUCGCCCCCUUCUUGGUGUCAGAGGUGUGCCCCAUAGCCAAGUGCGCAUCAGCUGCCAUGCUGCUCCCCGCACUGUGGGCCUGCCCCCCGCUGCUCCUCAAAGCCCCGGGGAACAGAUUCCUGCUGGCCACCUCCUGCAGCAGAAUUCAGGCUGAGGCCCGUCCAGGCAAGGCCAGGCCGGCAGCCUCCAGGGAGCGGUGCCAGGCAGGCCCAUGUCUGGACCCAGGCGUGGGGUUACCAUGGCCGACAGGAGGGCCCCGGGCAGGGGUGGGGGGCGUCGGAGCUCCCUCUGCUCACUCCACCCCGAUCUUGCAAAUAAACGCUGAGCAUCGUGUACAUGUCUUGGCCCUGGAGUCUUUUCCGCCAACUGAGUGCCCCCCUCCGUGUGUCUGUGGGCCAGGCAGGGCCCCUCAGGCUGUAUAGCACCCCCAGGGCUCGUGCCGGACCCGCUGGGAGGGACAGGUGGGUGAGGGGCAAGGAGGCCCCUCGGGGUCAGUCUUGGGCUGUGGGGAAUUGGCUGGGGCCAGGCGUGAGUCAUCAUUUCAAACACACGGGAUUUAUAAGGAGACUGUUUCACUGGUGUCGGAAGACUGGAAAACCCGCUGGCAGCAUGGACGCAGCCCAGGGCCGUGUCAGCGCAGGC